AACAUGAAGUCGCUGCGAUUCCUUGCUGCCGAGGGCUUCGUCCAGAGUGGUCCGUGUGCUCUGAAGAACCUCAACUGUGUGUGUUUUAACCUCUACCCGCUUCUCUUUAAGGCCUGCUACCUUCAUGAGCAGGCUGACUUGCUGCAUGAUUUGGUCCAGGUGUGGCCUCUUCCUGAGCUGAACCUACACAGGCUUCUCGGAAAGUCAGAUGAUUGUCAGAUGGACCUCACCUCCCGCACCUGCCGGCUUUGUCUGACAGCGAUUCUAACUGGCUUAAAGGAUUAUGUGCUGUCUCCUCCAAGAACCUACUCCAAGAGCCUGCAUGUAGUAGACCUGACUGCCCUGAAGGAUGUCGAACACCAGGCCUGCCCUUGCCAGUCAACCUUGGGUCGAUGGGCAAGAACCCAACUUCUGUCCCAAAUGUGCUAUGAGACCAUGGUGGCUAUGCAAGCCAACGACGUGUCCUGCUCUGCCUUUGAAACAUCCAUUGAUGUCCUUCUGAAUGGCUUUGUCACAGGCCGCAAUUAUGAGUUGGUGGCUCAGGUCUUCCUCCUCCUCCGCUACUGUCCACUGAAACUUCACUUUAUUAGUUUUCGGGCUGAUUCUCUCGCUCUCAAGCAGCUGUUCUAUGUCCUUCGCCUAGCAGAUCCCGAGUCCAUUUCAAAGCUGGAGGUGGUCCACAAUGUUCCUCUAGAGGCCAUACACUUGGAGGUGCUGCUGUCUAGGGUAGCAUUUCCCAAACUGCAGUCUUUGACCCUUCCGGCUGGGGCGUUGGAUGUUAGAAGGUUGGGCUCUGAUGAGGAAGAUCUGCUGGCCACCAUUGGCAAUCUGCUAGCACAACUGAGCAGCCUGACUGAGCUCUAUGUUGGUUUCUCUACUCUAACUGGACACUUACGCAGACUGCUAAGUCCUCUUAACACUCCACUGCAGUGCUUGGAGUUGGCCAACUGCUGCCUGAACCGUGUGGACAUGACAUACCUUUCCAACAGUCUCCACAGCGAGGCACUGGUCCGCCUGGACAUCAGUGGACAUGACAUCUUUAGCUCUUUCUCCACCUGCUUCCGCAAACUGCUCAGCCGCUGCUCAGCCACACUGGUCAGCCUGGCCCUUGAAGAAUGCAACAUAAAGGACGAGCACAUGGACUCCUUCACUGAUGCUCUGGCUUAUUGUCAGGUGCUGGAAGAACUAAAACUCCUGGGAAAUCCUCUGACCUCUGCAGCCCUGCGGAGGUUAUUCUCCAUGCUAUCUGCAGGAUUUCCUAAGUUAAAGUACAUAGAACUACCAGUUCCCCGUGAGUGUUACUCUGAGGAUGUCACUUAUCCUCUAGAUGAUUCAAUCCUACUGCAGUACAACAAGGAGCUGUUUCAGGAGGUCAGGGGCCAGCUGAUCGGGAUCCUGGAAGCAGCUGGUAGAGGGAGUGUGGAGGUGUGCACCCCACUCAUGGGGGCCUACGACCCAGACAUUAAUGAAACCAGCAAUGAGCUGGGAGUGUCCAUGUUAAAAUCUUUCAACAGUGUCAUUGGGACUUUUAUAGGAACCAUAACUGACGUGGACAACAGGAGAUCACAAGCUCAGAAUGAUAAUUAAUGGAGUCGCCUGUGGAAGCAUCAAGUAAAUAGACUGACAGAAAAGGAUCAUGAACUCUGAUUGUUCAUGAGAGUCUGGACAUUUGUGUAAAAUAUACCUGAAUCUUAAGACCUUACAGAAAUGUUUAUGCUUUUGUUGACCAUGCAGGAUGUGUUCUUUAUACUAUUCAAGCUAUAUACACACACAGUAUUUUUCAGUGUAGUGCUAGUAGUUACCUAGCAAAGUCAUCACUGUUGUACACUGUGAAAACAGAUCAAGUAAGCUGCGUUUGUUUGACUGUGGCUUUACAUCUUAUACAGGACCUCCACUGCUGACGUGAUAUUAGCUCAGCAUCACUAUUUUCUUCCCAUGCUUCCUACAGUCUGAGCCAAACAGGUGUGCAGUGCAGACAGACCUAAUUAAUGUAGCAGAAAUGGUAGAUACUUGAAAUUUCCCAGUAAUGUCUUGCUUUCAUCUGUUGUACAUGUCU